AUGUUACCUCGGGAUCUGGGGACUGCCGGGCUGACUUUAGAUGACAAUAUCUUCACGAUGCCCGAGGCAAUGAAUCUUGACUAUCAACAGAUACUGGACGACUUGGAGGUGGCUUCGCCGCCGAUUUCUGCGGGUAUAUUUCCGGCGCCAAUCAUGUCCUGGUAUGAUUCGAACAAGAUUACCAAGCCCAAAACCGUCGAAAUUGUUUCAUCAGAAUCAGCAUUACAGAACAUAUACCAGAGUUAUUUUACCAAAGCGCACUCCGGCUGCUUCAUGAUUGACCCUGAUGUCUUUCAUGCAAGACUACGAGAAGUCCCGGAAACUCCAGAGGUCAAUAGCUUGAAAUAUGCGGUCUUGGCUCAAGGAGCGUCUGUUUCAGCCACAUACAUGCAAUACAAGGAAGACUUCUACAAGCUGGCUUGCAAAUUCUUCGAGCAGAUCAAGGCGUCGAAUCGGCUUAGAAAUAUUGUGGCCCUGCAGGCUUGCGUUCUCAUUUCGUUUUAUGAGUUACAGCAUGUUCGUUUUGGGAGCGCCAGGGCGAGCCUGAAUCGCGCAGUGCUAAUGACCAAGAUAUUUGGACUAAACCACAUAGAUCAACAACAAGAUUCCAAUCUAGCGCCUAAUGCCACGGAAAGUGAAUUGGAGGAGCAGAGACGGACGUUCUGGACUGUGUUCAAUUUGAGUUGCUUUGCUAGCAUCACAGCUGGCUGGAAUGCACACGCACUGAUCGACCAUAACCAGAUCACAACUUUCUUGCCGACUUCAUUGCCUCUUGACCAAGUUGUGUCGUCAUCCCAACUCACACUAUCGGGAGUUCUUUAUCAAUCCUCUUCCCCAAAAUCAUUAUCUACUACACACGGGCUUAUCGUCAGUUUCGCUGUCCAAGGGUUUGCCUUUGAUCAUCUGGGCAACUCAUCUGCAAGACUCAAUUCCGCCCUUGGACAAGGAGAUUUCUGGCUACAACACUACCAACUUUGCGAGGCAUUAGCUCAUGUGUUCGAUACAUUUGGGAUGGAUCGGCCCAUUCUGAUAGAUGGCAGAGAUUCGGAUCGGUUAUGCAUGUUUUUAAACCUGCAGGCCACUAACAUCACUCUGCACUUUGCUGCCAAUUUACAGAUUGCAAAAUGCAAAACUUCAUCCGUGCAUGUGUUCAUCGAUCACGAGACCAAAUGUUUGGACUCGGCUAUCAGGAUCACCGAGACCACCGUUGCAGUCUGUCGAAUGGACCGCGGCAAAAUCAGCCCCUAUAUCCCGUGGGCGCUCUAUGUUGCUGCCCAGGUAUUUGUGCGAGACUUUCAACGCUCCGGUAUCUCCCCAAAUCCAACUGAUCUAGACCCCUUGCAAGACAAAGUGCUACCUGCGAACCCGGGGCUGGGUACCUCCCAGCACAGAUUUCUGGACUUUACUCAGCGACUUCUGGGGACGUUGUCAAUCCUUACCGUGCAUAACCCGAUCGCCAGAUUGUUCAUGCAGCAGAUUAAUCUCGAGAUCUUGGGAGGCAAGCCUUUCACAGAUCUUCGACUCAUUGGUCGAGUGGAGAACAUGAUACCUGCGCCAGACAUCGUUCAGGGGUGA